GACUCUUUCAUGUUCAUGGCAUGUUAUGUCAUGUUUAUGACAGUAUCAUAUCCACGCCCCUUCAAAUAAAGUGUUACCGAAACAUUCUACUUCCACUUCACAUAUCCACUGCUUUCUGUUGGUCUGUCACACACAAUCCCAAUAAAAUACAACGAGAUUUGUGGUUGUAGCAUGACAAAAUGUAAAACAGUUCAAUGUGUACUUUUGCAAACCUUGUAUGUAAUAGUCGUUUAUUUAGUCUGUGCUUUUAUAUUUGGAUUUAUGUGGAAAAAUUGCUGGCAGAACACGACGCCAAAUUGGUUUUGGCAUCGUGUUUCGAUAAUGCCAAAGCAACAACUGAUCUCGGGAAUGUUUUAUUAUUUUUUUAUACUCAUAAAAGUUGUGCUCAUUCUGUGUCCCUGGCCAGUUGAGUCACAUUUACCAGUCUGAUACUGGCAUGACCUCAUUUGAGCCCAUACAUAUCCACUGCCUCUGCCAGCUCCCACCACUAGCUUCAUUUUUCCAAACUCCACGCGGUCUUUCACUCAUCAGAUCCUUCUGUGCAAAGAGAUCCCAUGGUAACGCUGCUGGCAAGAGCUGACUGCAGCAAACGCUAAUCCACAAUGCCCAAACUCACAUGGCUGCAAGAAUCCCCCCACCAGAGUUGACCAAUUGACGUAUUGCAUUUCCCAACCCUCCAACUCCCCCAGGGCCGCAGGGCUUCACCAGUCACACUGGAGCUGUAAUCAAAGUGGAUAGGUCGAAUUUUAUUACCAAGCGUUCAAUACCAGCUGCAGGAUCUGCCACCUUCAAAUGAUUGGACAUACUAGAGAGUUUCAAAAUCCAACACAGGGGUCCCAGAUAUGUUGGUAAAUCAUCGAGGCCUUUUGGACUGAUGUGAAUCUUUUCAUGUUUGUCUUUGGAUUUGUGAUACUGGAGCAGCUGAUGUGGAAACUGAAGUGGAUGACUUAACGAAGGAGCUGGGGAGCUAACAGCACAUCUCAAGUCAGUCCAGAUCCAGGCCUAGUGUAACAAAAUCCAUCCAACAUCAAUACUCGGCUCUAUCCCUGGCCGUGAGGACAACAAGCUCUCUGACCUAUCUGGACUGGAGCGGUCCCACGAUGGGGAAGACCGGGCAGGCUACAGUGGACUUAAACUCCCCGUCAGAGGUCAAACAAGCCGUCCCUUCUGAGGACCUGGUCUCCACAGCGCCCCCUGCAGAUCAAAAGAAGGAAAAGGAAGUUCCUCCUGACAGGGGAAGCUGGAAGGGGAAAUUUGACUUCCUGCUGUCAUGUGUAGGAUAUGCCAUUGGCUUAGGAAAUGUGUGGCGAUUUCCUUAUUUGUGUGGCAAAAAUGGUGGAGGAGCCUUCCUGAUCCCGUACUUUAUGACCCUGGUAUUUGCUGGGAUACCUCUGUUCUUCCUGGAAACGGCUCUGGGACAGUUCACCUCCGUUGGGGGGUUAGGGGUGUGGAAGCUCAUUCCCAUGAUGAAAGGUGUUGGUUUGGCUGCUGUUGUCCUGUCGUUCUGGCUAAACAUCUACUACAUAAUCAUAAUUGCCUGGGCUCUUUACUAUUUAUUUAACUCCUUCAGCUCGGAGCUGCCUUGGCAGAGCUGUGAUAACCCCUGGAACACCGAAAGCUGCUUCUCCAAUUACAGCCUGACAGACACCACCAACCUGACCAGCGCCGUCACAGAGUUCUGGGAACGUAACAUGCACCAGAUGACCGACGGUCUGGAGACGCCAGGAGAGCUGCGCUGGCCUUUAGUGGGCACCCUGGCGCUGGCCUGGGUUCUGGUCUACUUCUCCAUCUGGAAAGGGGUGGAGUGGACAGGAAAGGUGGUUUAUUUUUCCGCCACCUACCCCUACUUCAUGCUGUUCAUCCUGUUCUUCCGCGGCGUCACGCUUCCUGGAGCCAUCGACGGCAUCCUGUUUUACAUCACUCCCGACUUCAAUAAGCUAAUUCGAUCUGAGGUGUGGCUGGACGCAGCGACUCAGAUCUUCUUCUCCUACGGAUUGGGCCUGGGCUCGCUCAUCGCGCUCGGAAGCUACAACACUUACAACAACGAUGUCUACAAGGACUCUAUCAUAGUAUGCUGCAUUAACUCGUGUACAAGCAUGUUUGCUGGGUUUGUUAUCUUCUCUAUUGUAGGAUUCAUGUCCUACAUCACAAAGAAACCAGUGCAGGAACUGGCAGCGUCGGGUCCAGGUUUGGCAUUUCUUGCCUAUCCUCAGGCUGUCACCCAGCUUCCCAUGUCUUCCCUCUGGGCCAUCCUCUUCUUCUCCAUGCUCAUGAUGCUCGGCUUGGACAGCCAGUUUUGCACAGUUGAAGGAUUCAUCACAGCCCUCAUGGAUGAGUAUCCCUUGGUGCUGAGGAAGAGGAAGAAGCUCUUCAUCCUCAUCGUUUGUUUCAUCUCCUUCGUCAUUGGCUUCUCCAAUAUCACUCAGGGCGGUCUGUAUGUCUUCAAGAUGUUUGAUUACUACUCUGCCAGUGGGAUGUGUCUUCUCUUCCUUGUCUUCUUUGAAACCAUUUCCAUAUCCUGGUUUUAUGGAGCUGAACGAUUUUACAAAAACAUUGAGGACAUGAUCGGUUAUCGGCCGUGUGUCUGGUGGAAGCUUUGCUGGCUCUUCUUCACGCCUCUGAUCUGCCUGGGGGUCUUCACCUUCAGUGCCUUUGAAAUGACGCCCCUGACGUUGGGGAAGUAUGUCUAUCCGCUGUGGGGUCAAGUGAUUGGAUGGUUUAUGGCUUUGUCUUCAAUGAUCCUCAUCCCAGGUUACGUGAUCUACAUGUUCUGCACUACCAAAGGCAGCAUCAAACAGCGUUGGCGGAAGAUGACAACUACCCAGGAGGAUGAGAAGUCAUCGGGGCUGGAAGAAUUCACACACACAGGAAGCAUGGAUGAAGCUCCUGUGUAGCCAGGACUGCUCAGGCUAAACCGUUCUGACUGCCAGGACUUAAUGUGAUCUCUGCUGAAACGUAAAAAAACAAAAAAACAAAACAGGGCAACAGAAAUCUCUAGAGGAAAAUAACUUCACUUGCUCGACUCCAACCCCCAUUGUGCUGGAAACCUUUCUCGACAUGUAGUGGACAUUUGCAUUUAGAAGUAAAGACUCUGAAGACAAACUGAAAAUUUAUUUAUGAAUGAAACUGUGUACAUAACCUGCAUGUACCCUGUUAUUGGCUACAAUAAUGUAUUAUACUGGGGUUUUAUGGGAUAAAAAAAACAAAACACAAAGUAGCACAUCAUUACAAAGUAGAAUAAAAAUCAUUAAAGGUUUAACUUUUUUUAUGAAUCAAAAAUAGGAAAGUGUGACAUACAUUUGCAUUAAGCCCCUUUCACUGUGAUACCUCUAAAUAAAUUUUUGUGAAACCAACUGCCUUAAUAAGUCAGGUAAUUAAAGUAUUCCUGUGAGUGAUUUGAUGUCAGCAUUUGUACCGGCCUCAGAGGUUUGCUAAACAAUGCUAAUGAACAAACGAUACCAUAAAGACAAAGGAACACUCCAGCCAGGGAUAAAGUUGUGAAGGAAAGUUAAUCAUAAUUUUAGCAAAAAGUGGUUCGGUGAAGUAUUGGUCCAGGGGGACUAGAUACAAAAGCACAGCAAGCGGUUUUGAUUUUUAUAAAUAUAUUUUUUUGGUAAAAAGUGUAUUUAAAAAAAAUAAAUAAAUCAAGGGAUAUGGACAGUUCUACAAGGCACUGAAUUGACUUUUGCUAUAAUGUGUUCAUUAUAUAAUCCUUACAAGUUCCACAGAAAUACUGGAGUAUUUCUAAUUUAAUUUAAAUGUAAUUUAAUUUUUUUAAAAAUAUGUUUAGGUUUGAAUUUAUGUAUAUGAAGAAAUGUUGUUUCCAAUGUAUUUCCAAUAUUAGAAAACUAAACACAUUUGUAUUUAUAAGAAGACGGUAUGUGGUGUUAAAACAUGCAUCUCCAAAGUACAAUUUUUUAAAACACAAGUAACAUUUUCUAGCCUUUUGACAUUCUCAGAAGUCUAAUGAGCAGAUUUAUCUCAAGGACCUUGAAACCUUUAAAGGCUGCAUUACAACCACCUACAGGUAGCAGAAACCUUUUUAUUAAAAGGCUAAUAAAACAGAAACAGUAGGUCCGGGGCAAACCCAUUUGAAUAUCCUUGUUUUAUGUGCCAGUUUUGGUGGUGGUGUCUGGUGCAUGAACAGGUUGCAGUUAAAGCCAGUACAGAAACAAACAAAAAGCAUAACGAGGAGGAUCUGACUAGAACUUAAGAAAACAACACACAGACAAGAGGAAAAUGAAAUCGCUAGGAGGAGGGAUCACUGGGAUUGGAACCAGGUGAGGCCAGUUGUCUAAGUGGAAGCAGCGGAAAACAAACUGGAUCAAUUACAGAAAACGUUAAACACGCAAAUAACAUGAGAAACUAUAUAAACCAAACACAAAACUUAUCAAUACAAUAAGAAAACACAAACCAACCUUUCUAGUAUGAAUGGAUAAAAGCUCAAUUUAAGCAAAAAUUGGGUAAACACCAAAAGGAACCACUGAACUUUUUAUAUAUAUAAAAUGUACAGAUUUGGAGAUGCAUACUUUGAAACAAUGAGAUUUUUGUAUAUAUGGAUAGACUGUACUUCAGCUUUUCAUGUCACUAAAAACUAAUAAAAAAACACCACAUAAAUGCUUUCUUCAGCAUUGUUUUACCACUGAGAAAAAAAAAGCUACAUCCUGAUGGUUGUAGUCAAUUCAGAAUAUGUUGUUGAAUGUUUAUCCUCAGAAUUCAUAAAGGUUCUAUAAAGUGUAAACUUAGUUGAACAGAAGCCACAGUUCAACAAAACGUCACUCUUUAGAUGUUCGUUUUGAGCCGCCAGCUUUCAGUACAAAAGCUGAUGUCAUCGUCUUUCAUAGUGACUAAUACUGUUAUUUAAAGAUCAGUCUGACUGUUAUCCACUCCUUAAACACAUAUGCUAUCUGGGGAUAAUGUUGAUAAUUCAUACCCGUAAUGUUGUUGCCUGCUUAACACCAGUUAGUGUUAAGUGAAAGCUGCCCAAUCUGCUUUGCUUUUCCAACUUGGUCUUUAUAAACAGCCACUCGAGGUGCACUACUGUGAUUCUGUACCUUAAAAAAAGACCCGGCUUUGGGAGACCAUGAGUCAUAGACAGAUGAACCAAAAGCCAGAGCCUUUGCAUCACCAUCUUCACAGGAUAGCUCAGUGUCUGAAAUCAGUCAUGUUGACCAUUACAAAUCUAUUUAAAGACAAGAUUUAGCGUCUGCAUAACUUGCCAUUGUACUCAUUGCUAUUAAAUCCAAUAAUUGAGCCAAAACCAUGUUGGUGAAUUCACUUAAAUAAUCUUUAAUUUCAAGUUGAUAUACUGUAAAUACAGGUAGAGGAAUGAUUCAACUGAGGGAAAGAUGGUUUCACCUGUGUAGCCUCAAACAUGUCCUCCAUUUCUACACUUUUCUACAUGGUAUUGAGCAAACACAGUGAUCGAUAGGCCAUCGAGAUCCAUUCGUCAUUAGCUGAUGAAGGUGUGCACUGGUAUGACAAAGCCCUUUUGAAAGUUUCUUCCUUACACGUUCCAUUUGCUACACUUUCAAAAUGCUACAUUGAAAUUUGCACUCGAAUCCAACCACUUAGUGUGUCUCGUGUUCAUGUUUAUUGCCCCGCCGUCAAACCUGUGCUCCGAAAUUCCUGAAACACACAAUAUUCAAACUGAGGAACAAGAACGGGUGGGUUAAAAACAAAAGGGGAACAUGGAACAGGCGGCUGCUCUGUCACGAGGCACUGAAACUUACUGUUUGUUUUGAGUCUUUUGAGGGUGUUAUCUAUUAAAAACCAAAAACAUCACUUUUCUUAAACAUGUCACUCAUGCCUGUUAAGUUCAAGCCUUUUUGGAAUCAGGGUUCAAUCAAUACAUUGUCAAACCAAUGCCAUGCAGUACAAAAAAAAAAA